AACCAACCGAGGACGGGCGGAAACAGACAUGGCAGGGCGGCCAAUGCCCAGGUCCCUGUCCAAUCCGAAAAGACGCCAAAGAUACAAAUUACAAAGUACCUCGACUACAGCAUUGGAUGUGGGAGGUGGGCAAAUAUGAUGGAAUUCAAAUUCAGGGUGACGAUGGACUGAGCGAGGACAGGGGAGAGCAAACAUGAGCUCGCCCGGGUACUUUGGCAAAGAGGUACAGGUCGGAGUACAUUGCCAUGCCAUGUCUUUUCGGAACCGAAGUCGGGGUGGCUUGACGGGGGGCCGAGGAUUGGCAACCCGACAGGCUCAAUGCUGGCUAUGCCUCUGUCAAAGUCAGAAGCGGUCGGCUGAAGCAACAUGCUGGCCUUCAAUGAAAGGGCAGGCCGAAGAAAAAAAGGGCCAGAAAAGAAAGCGAAGUCGAGUUGCAGGGCAGUCCUGGGCAGCGAUGAUCGUCCCCUUGCCGCCGGAGGUGCAUGAUGGGCCGAGUCUCUGCGAGGAGACACAAUGACAAUGGCGCAGACAAACCGCUGGCGGGAAGAAGUGAGACAUGGCUCGCCGCGAGUGGCCCAUCGAAACCGCCACAACCCACCGCCGGUACCCAAGGACCAUGGGCAUCGGAAAUAGCAGCCCUUCCGCAAACUAGUUUCUGGCGUGUUGGCGCGUUGGCACUGUGCCCACUUGGUCCCAUUGUGCGAGCGGAGUCUUCAGCGGCACACUUCAGCGGCACACUUCAGCGGCACACUUCAGCGGCACACUUCAGCGGCACACUUCCUUCAGCGGCACAGUCAGUGGCACACUCAGCAACGCCCUUGACCCCCAUUAAUUAUCCCAGCAACCCAGUCGAGCAAAUCCGGUGUCCUCGGGAGGCGACAGGCGAGGCCCGUCAUGGGGGGCCACGGAACACGGACCACGGGUCAAAUGGCCAAGGGCACUCCGCACCAGCGGGCGCCGGCUCGCACGAUUGCGCCCGAGAUCCAAACGACCGGGGGUGUUGGAUAUUCGCUCAGUCAUCCACAUCGACGAGGAGGAGGCUGGCGGUGACGUUCAAGACAAGACAAGGGGUAGCCAGUCUGGAGUCUAGAGUCUGGAGACGCGAGCACCAUUGA